AUUUAUUCAUCUCGCUGUGUCGUGUUCACAAAUACGACCCAUCUCGCGGUCUCCCAUCUCACUCUUCACACUUAGCCCGCCGCUGCCGCUGCUCAACCUCUCUCUGCCCGUGCGUCGCUCUCUGUCUCUCCAACCACCGGCCUGCCGCUUCCCUUAAGUCAGGUUUAAGGUUGAGAUUUUAGCCUUUCAAGAGAUCGUGUCAGACUCAGCGCCUCUUGAUAAGCGAGAGCACUGUAAUUCGGCCGCAUGAGUUGACAACGCCGGUUUAUAUUUUAGCAUAUAGAUCAGGACAUUUGGCAACCCACGCAUGGUUUAUAUCUAGCGACAAAGGACUACUUUUCCUGUGCAAAUUAAUCAAGUCAGAGUUAACAUGCUAGCAGCUGCUCAGAUGCGUCCCAUCGUUCACUCCUGUCACAGGAUUCGCCCAUUCAGUUCAACUCCCCCAUCAAAAACCACAUCUUUGCACCUGAGUCACCUCGCCAGAAAACUCGAUUUUCUCGAACGAACCAAGCUCCACCACGGCCUCCCCUCUCAUCUCCAAAAGCCCUCACCCAUUGCUGCUGCCCUAACCACCAGCGACGGCAACCCAAUCGCCUCUUCCAUCCCAGAAGAAGAACAACCAAACGAACCAAACGACAGACCAAACACACUCCUCUCAAACUGGGCCCCACCCAGAUACCUCUGGCGUGCCCUCUCCAUCCUCAUCCUCGCCGGCCAAGUCAUCACCCGAUCCCUCAACGGCAAAAUCCACUGGAAAAACACCCUCCAACAGCUGGCAUGCGUGGGCCCGAGAUCCGUCGGCGUCUGCCUCUUAACCUCUGCAUUUGUGGGCAUGGCUUUUACAAUCCAAUUCGUGCGCGAGUUCACUCGACUCGGCCUCAACCGAUCCGUAGGCGGUGUUUUGGCCCUCGCUUUCUCUCGGGAGCUAAGCCCAGUCGUCACAUCUAUUGUGGUCGCAGGGAGAAUCGGAAGCGCGUUUGCAGCCGAGCUCGGUACUAUGCAAGUUUCCGAGCAAACGGACACCCUAAGGGUUUUGGGUUCGGACCCUGUGGACUAUCUGAUGACUCCACGGGUUUUGGCCUCGUGUGUGGCUCUCCCGAUUUUGACACUCAUGUGUUUUGUGGUGGGUAUGGUGUCGAGUGGGAUACUGGCGGACGGGGUUUAUGGGGUGAGUAUUAAUAUAAUAUUUAAUUCGGCUAGACGGGCUUUGAGGUCGUGGGACAUUGUGAGCUCCAUGAUAAAGUCGGGGGUUUUCGGUGGGAUUAUAUCGGUGGUGAGCUGCGCGUGGGGGGUGACGACUAUGGGUGGGGCCAAGGGUGUGGGGGAGUCGACUACUUCGGCUGUGGUGGUGUCGUUGGUCGGGAUUUUCAUUGCGGAUUUCGCGCUAUCGUGCUGUUUUUUCCAGGGUGCUGGGGAUUCUUUGAAGAAUUGUAUGUGAUGUGAGUGUUUCCUUUUGGUUUGGGGGAAAUGAAGUGUGUGGUUUGUUGCCUGUUUUCUUCUCUGACUUUUGUAAUUGUUCGAAUUCGAUGUGGGA